AUGUUAUUCAUCUAUCUAUUCAUUCAUUCUAUCUAUCUAUUCAUUCAUUCAUUUAUCUAUCUAUCUAUCUAUUCAUCUAUCUAUUCAUCUAUCUGCCCCUACUGUCUCUGCCCCUCUCUAGCACAAUCUCUUCGACUUUCUAUUCCUAUCUAUCUAUCUAUCUAUCUAUCUAUCUAUCUUAAUCUUUUUCUUUCUUUCUUUCUUUCUUUCAUUCUUUCUUUCUUUCAUUCUUUCUUUCUUUCUUUCGUUCUUUAUUUAUUUAUUUACUUUCACAUUGUCUUUCUUUCUAUGUUUAUUUAUUUAUUUAUUUACUUACUUACUCCUUAUCUUUCUUUCUUUCUUUCUUUUCUUUCUUUCUUUCUUUCUUCCCUUACUCUUAUUUACUUAGUCGUUCCUAUUAUUUUCCUCCUUUCUUUUUUCUUUCUUUCUUCCUUUCUUUCUUUCUUUCUUUCUUUCUUUCUUUCUUUCUUUCUUUCGCUACACUUAAUUAUUUCGUCGCUUCUUUCUUUCGUUUUUGUUUUCUUUCUUACUUUAUUUCUUUCUUACGUUAUUUAUUUAUUUAUUUAUUUAUUUACUUACACCUUGCCUUUCUUUCUUUCUUUCUUUCUUUCUUUCUUUCUUUACACAUAUUUAUUUAUUCCUCCGUCUUUCCUUCUUUCUUUUGUUGUCCCAAUUUGA